AUGCUAGGAAAACCGUUAUUCCCCGGAGAAGAUACAAAUGCACAAUAUGAAAUGAUAACUGAAUUAUGCGGCAGUCCAGAUGAAGAUCUCAUGAAGAAGAUAGAGUCGAAUAGCCCGGCUACACGACGUGUCGUCGAGUCGUAUCGCCAUCAUGAGCGUCAAGAUUUCGCUAAGCGAUUUAUUGGCUGCCCUCGUCUGUUCGUGGACUUCCUAGACAAAAUUCUUGUGCUAGAUCCUGAGAAGAGGCUCACCGUUGAACAAGCUUUGGCACAUCCGUAUUUUGCUGAUUAUGUGGAUGCCACGGAUGAACCCAUCGCAACAUCGUCAUUCGAUUUGAAUGAUAAUCCAAGUAGAACGCGGGACGAGUGGAAGGGCCUCAUUUGGCAGGAAAUUCAAAACUUCGUUGGCGACGAGUGUUCUCCAGAACUUCCUUCUUAUACAGAGUAUUAA